GGACCAGCGGCCGCCGUCUCCGUCUCGGUGUCCCGUCCCCCACAGCGCCAGGCAGCCGCGCGGGAGAAGCGGAAACUGCCGGGUUCGCCGCGCGGACCGAGAGCGCGCCGAGGAGCAGCGGCGCGGCCUCUGUCCGGCCCAGACCCUCCGAGCGGAGCCCGGCGCCCCCUCCCCCGGAACCCCCAGACCGCGGCCCCGCCCCGGCCCCGCCCGAGCUUGCCGCGCGCCCCCGGACCGGCUCCCGCGACCCCAGCGCGCCCACCUGAGCCCGGCGGCGCCCACCUCAGCCCGUUCGCCGGCGCCAUGGCGGAGCAGGAGAGCCUGGAGUUCGGCAAGGCGGACUUCGUGCUGAUGGACACCGUCUCCAUGCCCGAGUUCAUGGCCAACCUCCGACUCAGGUUUGAAAAGGGGCGCAUCUACACAUUCAUCGGAGAAGUUGUCGUUUCUGUAAAUCCCUACAAGUCGCUGAACAUCUAUGGGCGAGAGACGAUUGAGCAGUAUAAAGGCCGGGAGCUGUACGAGAGGCCGCCUCACCUGUUUGCUAUUGCCGAUGCCGCCUACAAGGCCAUGAAGCGGAGAUCCAAAGACACUUGUAUUGUGAUAUCAGGGGAGAGUGGAGCUGGCAAAACCGAAGCCAGUAAGUACAUCAUGCAGUACAUUGCGGCCAUCACCAACCCCAGCCAGAGAGCCGAGAUCGAAAGGGUGAAGAAUAUGCUACUUAAGUCCAACUGUGUCCUGGAAGCUUUCGGAAAUGCCAAAACCAACCGUAAUGACAACUCAAGCAGGUUUGGGAAAUACAUGGAUAUCAACUUUGAUUUCAAGGGGGACCCUAUUGGCGGACAUAUCAGUAACUACUUACUGGAGAAGUCUCGCGUGAUUGUGCAACAGCCAGGAGAAAGGAGCUUUCAUUCUUUCUAUCAGCUACUCCAAGGAGGUUCUGAACAGAUGCUCCGCUCUCUGCAUCUCCAGAAAUCCCUUUCAUCCUACAACUACAUCCAUGUCGGAGCUCAGUUAAAGUCUUCUAUCAAUGAUGCGGCCGAAUUCAAAGUGGUAGCUGAUGCCAUGAAAGUAAUUGGCUUCAAACCUGAGGAGAUUCAGACGGUGUAUAAAAUUUUGGCGACUAUUCUUCACUUGGGAAAUUUAAAGUUUGUAGUGGAUGGUGACACGCCUCUCAUUGAAAACGGCAAGGUCGUAUCCAUCAUAGCAGAAUUGCUCUCCACCAAGACGGACAUGGUUGAGAAAGCCCUUCUUUACCGGACUGUGGCCACAGGGCGUGACAUCAUUGACAAGCAGCACACGGAGCAGGAAGCGUGCUACGGCAGGGACGCCUUCGCGAAGGCAAUAUACGAGCGCCUUUUUUGUUGGAUUGUGACUCGCAUCAAUGAUAUUAUUGAGGUCAAGAACUAUGACACCACAGUGCAUGGGAAAAACACUGUUAUUGGCGUAUUGGAUAUCUAUGGCUUUGAAAUCUUCGACAACAACAGCUUUGAGCAGUUCUGCAUCAAUUACUGCAACGAGAAACUGCAGCAGCUAUUUAUUCAGCUGGUUCUGAAGCAAGAACAAGAGGAGUACCAGCGAGAAGGGAUCCCCUGGAAGCACAUCGACUACUUCAACAAUCAGAUCAUCGUGGACCUGGUGGAGCAGCAGCACAAGGGGAUCAUCGCCAUCCUGGACGACGCCUGCAUGAACGUCGGCAAGGUCACCGACGCAAUGUUCCUCGAAGCACUGAACAGCAAGCUGGGCAAACAUGGGCACUUCUCCAGCCGCAAGCUCUGUGCCUCAGACAAAAUGCUGGAGUUUGAUCGGGACUUUCGAAUCCGACAUUACGCAGGGGAUGUAGUCUAUUCUGUCAUCGGUUUUAUUGACAAAAAUAAAGACACUUUAUUUCAAGAUUUCAAGCGCCUGAUGUAUAACAGUUCAAAUCCUGUGCUGAAGAAUAUGUGGCCCGAAGGCAAACUGAGCAUCACGGAGGUGACCAAGCGCCCUCUGACCGCUGCCACCUUAUUUAAGAACUCUAUGAUCGCCUUAGUGGACAACCUUGCAUCGAAGGAACCUUACUAUGUACGUUGCAUCAAACCCAAUGACAAGAAAUCCCCGCAGGUAUUUGAUGAUGAGCGCUGCCGGCAUCAGGUUGAGUACCUUGGACUAUUGGAAAACGUGAGGGUGCGACGGGCAGGAUUUGCCUUCCGCCAGGCAUACGAGAAGUUUCUGCACAGGUACAAGAUGAUCUCAGAAUUCACCUGGCCCAACCACGACCUCCCUUCAGACAAAGAGGCUGUGAAGAAACUGAUCGAACAGUGUGGCUUUCAGGAAGACGUGGCUUACGGGAAGACCAAGAUUUUCAUCCGCACUCCCCGCACGCUGUUUACCUUGGAGGAGCUCCGCGCCCAGAUGCUCCUGAGGAUCGUCCUCUUUCUCCAAAAGGUGUGGCGGGGCACGCUGGCCCGCAUGCGGUACAAGAGGACCAAGGCAGCCCUGACCAUCAUCAGAUACUACCGGCACUACAAGGUGAAGUCCUACAUCCACGAGGUGGCCCGGCGCUUCCACGGCGUCAGGACCAUGAGAGACCACGGGAAGCACGUGAAGUGGCCAACCCCUCCCAAAGUUCUUCGCCGCUUCGAGGAGGCCCUACAGGCCAUUUUUAAUAGAUGGCGAGCAUCUCAGCUCAUCAAGACCAUCCCUGCUUCAGACCUGCCCCAGGUCAGGGCAAAGGUUGCGGCCAUGGAGAUGCUGAAGGGUCAAAGGGCUGACCUUGGGCUCCAAAGAGCCUGGGAGGGCAACUAUCUUGCUUCGAAGCCAGAUACACCUCAGACCUCAGGCACUUUCGUCCCCGUCGCCAAUGAACUGAAACGGAAGGACAAGUACAUGAACGUCCUCUUCUCCUGUCACGUCCGUAAGGUCAAUCGGUUCAGCAAGGUGGAAGACCGCGCCAUUUUUGUCACUGACCGUCACCUGUAUAAGAUGGACCCCACGAAGCAGUACAAGGUGAUGAAGACCAUCCCUCUGUACAACUUGACGGGCCUGAGCGUCUCCAAUGGGAAGGACCAGCUUGUGGUGUUCCAUACGAAAGACAACAAGGACCUCAUCGUCUGCCUCUUCAGCAAACAGCCGACCCACGAGAACCGCAUCGGAGAACUUGUUGGAGUCCUGGUGAAUCAUUUCAAGAGGCUCACUGACUGGGACACAAGAACGGGUGGCAGGGAAGCUUUCAGCCCAGCCCGGUGGGGAGAAGAGUCUGGAGCCGUGGUUGUCCACUGCUUUUUCUAUCCUGCAACCCCCACCCGUGGGCUCCAUUUCAAGGAGAAGUUGUGCCCUUGUGAUCCUGGGGUGCCAUCUGUAAUAGCCAUUUGCUCCUCGUUUUCCCCCCAGCGCAAGCCCUGCACGAGGACUGUAGAGCAGAUACUGGAGGUGCACAAGGCCAAGAGCAGGGGCGGGGGCAUCAGGGGUGCUCUCUGCUGGCCCUGAACUCAUGGCCCUGAG